UUCUUCCUUCUAUCACUUUCUCUUACUAGCAUGCGAGUGUUGACACAACUCAUUCUCCUUACAAAUAAUAAGUUAUCAUUAACAUAUAUAAAUAACUUCCCAAUGAGCAACAAAUAACAAGUACUAAAAACUCACAUUUCACUCAGCCUUCUACAUCUCUCAUUAUUGUCCCCUCCCCUAUUCCCUCUUCAAAUUUACAUCAACAGAAAUGAGUUACCCACACUUUCUUGUUAUGCCUUAUCCAAUUCUAGGACACAUGAAUCCACUUCUGCAGUUCUCUCAGGUUUUGGCCAACCAUGGCUGCAAAAUAACCUUUUUGAUCACUGAGUUCAACCAAAAGAGAAUGAAGAGUGAAAUUGACCACUUGGGAGCACAGAUAAAGUUUGUGACACUCCCAGAUGGUUUGGAUCCAGAAGAUGACAGAAGUGACCAACCGAAGGUGAUUUUGUCACUCAGAAACACCAUGCCUACUAAGCUUCACAGGCUCAUACAAGACAUCAAUAAUAAUAAUAAUGCUUUGGAUGGUGACAACAACAAGAUCACUUGUCUGGUUGUUUCUAAGAACAUAGGAUGGGCCUUGGAAGUUUCACACAAAUUGGGAAUCAAAGGGGCUCUUCUGUGGCCUGCUUCCGCUACUUCGCUGGCCUCUUUUGAGUCCAUACCAAGGCUCAUUGAUGAAGGAAUUAUAGACUCUGAAACUGGACUUCCGACCAGAAAACAGGAGAUUCAGCUUUUACCAAAUUCGCCUAUGAUGGACACGGCAAAUCUACCAUGGUGUAGCCUUGGUAAGAACUUUUUCCUUCACAUGGUAGAAGAUACUCAAAGUUUGAAGUUAGGAGAAUGGUGGCUUUGCAACACCACUUGUGAUCUUGAGCCAGGAGCACUUGCCAUGUGGCCAAGGUUCCUUUCAAUUGGCCCAUUGAUGCAAAGUGACACCAACAAAAGCUCAUUCUGGAGAGAAGACACAACUUGCCUACAUUGGUUGGAUCAACAUCCACCCCAAUCUGUUGUGUAUGUUUCUUUUGGAAGUUUGGCAAUAGUGGAACCAAACCAAUUCAAUGAAUUAGCUAUUGGGCUUGAUCUCCUUAACAAGCCUUUUCUUUGGGUUGUACGUCCAAGUAAUGAGAAUAACAAGGUAAACAAUACAUACCCAAAUGAAUUCCAUGGAUCUAAAGGUAAAAUUAUUGGAUGGGCUCCACAAAAGAAGAUAUUGAACCACCCUGCCAUAGCUUGCUUCAUUACCCAUUGUGGUUGGAAUUCUAUCAUAGAAGGUGUAUGUGGUGGCAUACCUUUCUUGUGUUGGCCAUUUUUCAGUGACCAAUUUAUUAAUAAGUCAUAUAUUUGUGAUGUGUGGAAGGUUGGACUGGGAUUAGACCAGGAUGAGAAUGGAUUAAUAAUGAAGGGAGAGAUAAGGAAGAAGGUGGAGCAACUGCUUGGGAACGAAGAUAUAAAAGCAAGAUCAGUGAAGCUGAAGGAAUUGACCGUGAAUAACUUUGACGAAGGUGGUCAAUCUUCACAGAAUAUCGAAAAGUUUAUCAAUUGGGCCAAGGAUUAAUGGUGCUUUUCGUUGGUCCCAUGUUGGACCUUCUUCUAUGUUUUCUUUUUCCCUUUUUGGAUUCUUAUGUUGAGAAAGGCAAAAAGCAUUUGAUACUUAUAAUUUGGUUAUAGACAAAAUAAAGUUUAUGUUGGAGUCGUUCUACUACGAUUCUCAACAAAAAUCAUUUUAUCUAUAACCACGGCUAAAAAUGUUAUGUUGGAGUCGUUCUACAUUCUCAUGAAGUUUAUCUCACUUGUAUCAAUAAUAUUCA